CUUUACCUUCUUCUUUUUUUUUUUUUUUUCUUUUUUUUUUUUUUCUCUUUUUGUGUUGUUUGUUCCGCCAUUUCCCCCCCCCCUCCUCCCGGCCCUUCAGAUGGCCUCCAGUUCCAACUCGGCACACCCCGCAGCUGCAGCGGCUGGCUUAUCUCCGUCUGACUCGUCUGCUGCCUCCGAGAAGGACGACUUCUUGAAACGUUUCGAGUCUUUCUCGCUUGCACUGGGCCCUGCCAAGCCUGCACCCCCGCCUCUCGACCCCGCGGCGACCAACAAGGCAUACGACGAGCUGGCUAAAGCCGUGGCCAACCUCACACUCGAGGAUGUGAUGAAAGAUGUCAAGGGCGUCGUCGAGAAGGUCAACCCGCUUUACACCGCAGUUCAAAUACCCGACGAGAGUAUGGAGCGAGCACUACGCUUGCUGAACAAACAAGACGAGGAUGAACGACUUGGCUCCAUCCGCGUGCCCGUCAAGACCUACCGCACGGAGGUUGAAGCCCGCCUGGCCGAGUCACUCCAACCAAUGAUUGCGAACAAAGAAAUGGAACCACAUGCAAACGAUAAGCAUGUCCCAGCCAUGUGUGAGCAGGCCCCCGAACCAUUUGGGUGCUUUGACUUCAAGCUUGCCAAGCGGCCGAAAUUUGCAGAGUGUGGCUAUGCGAAUGCUGAGGCAGAUGUGCAUAGUGUCGUGCUCUCGACUCUGAAAACCAUCACAUUCAGUCUUGGUUUACCUAUCAUGCCGAGUUCAGAAAAGUCUCAACCUUCGACAACAACAGUUGACGACGACGCUGCGGCUGCCUCUUCGUCGACGGCAACCGCUUUGUCGCCUGCCCCACCUCUUACAGCCAAGAGCCAAAAGAAGGGCAAGCAAGCGAAUUCGACAGGCUCUCCUGCGUCGACGGCUGCCACUUCGGCACCUGCCAUUCGACCGGAUAUCGUCAUCACAACCAUGAAAGGACAGCCGCUACUCGUGAUUGAAGUCAAGAGCCCGACGACCACUCUGGUCAAAGGCACGUAUGUGUGCGAAGGUGGGGAUUUGGAGCGCCGCGCAGAGUCGGACAACAACCCCGAUUCGGAUGCUGCCAAGCACAAUACAACCCUCGGGCACCUGCAAGGCCAGCUGUACGACUACCUGCGCUCGCCUCACGAGGACUUUUGCAUGGUGCCGUACUUUGGCAUCCUCACGACGUACCAUGAGUGGGCGAUCUACUGGCUCGCCGACGACAUGGAACUCCACCUUGAUGACUCUACCUCCUGCACGACCGAGUGCGCGACUGUUUCGGACGUCGACGAGUUCAAGAAGAUCAUUCUUGAUCUCGAGAGACGAGCAACCGACACGACAGACGCGCAGUGGCCAUCGCUCAAAGUUGUCCCCACGUUUGGCAACGUGCACAACCUAGCAGCAACUUCAGCAAAGGCGAUUCACCAAGGCAACGCGACGCGCCGCCUCAUCCGCACGCGCGUGUUCAAGUGGAACGAUCCCGACCUCGUCAACGUGUUGCAGAGCGUCAUCUUCAAGGCCUAUCACCUGUCGCGUCUGCGCUUCCACCCCCAUUUCGGCGAAAGCUCCUCGUGCCUGUUCUACAGUAAAAACCAGCUUACACAGACCAGAACGCAUGGCCGCGCUCAGCUGGACUUCAACACCUUCUCCAACAAGGUCGUCCAACCUGAUGGGCACAUUCUCGCAGGCCAAAAGCCGACCAAUGUCUACUGCUUUGUUGACCUCGGUCGCGGACGCGACGGCCAUGCAUGGCUUGCGAGCCCGUACACCAAACUGAACCACGGUGUCUGUGUCCUCAAGGUGCGCAAUCCGAACGGCGCGCAUACAUUGUCAGCCGAACAAGAGGCUGAGCUGUGGCGCAAGAUCUGGGGCAAACGCCACGCGAAUCCUUUCUCCGAGACCCAGAGCACGGAGUAUGCGGUUUACAUGCCAUAUGUCAAGAUGGCCGGGGAUGUCCGGCCAUGCGAGCAGCAAGUGGAAGGUCGUGCCGUUCUGGUUGCAACCGCGCUUGCGAUUGAUCACAUGGCAUCGCUUGGCUACAAGCACAAGGACGUGCGUUGGCGCCAUGUCGGUAUCUACCGUGUCAUGGGCGAUGAAAUGUUGUAUGCGGUGCUGAUCGACCUGUCCGAUGUGGAAGUGGUCUCCGACAAAGCCGAAGCCAAAAAAGGCAUGCUCGCGAAACUUGGCAUUGACGAAAGCCUCUUACAAAAGGCAAACCCGACAAA